CAAGCCACAGUCGCCGCUAAACUUCAGACGCGUUCGCUUCGUUUGUUUUCUUUGCGGUUGUUGUUGUUGCGUUUUGUUGUUAAUGUUAAUUCGCUUGUGUUAGCUUUUUAUUUGGAUUGGUUCGAAUAACCGCAUUGGCAAUAAAUUUUGGUCAAUUUAUCGAGCAUGAAAUUGACAGCGUGAGACGGCAAAGUUCCUUCUCGGUCAACAUGUUUCGUCUCAACCAGAGUUUGUUUCUAAGUGUGGCAUUAAAAAGCAUUUAAAGCCAAAGGGUCAAACCGGUUUAGUCAGCGCAAGUUGCCACUCGAGCCGCUCAGCAAUGGACGCCGCCUUCAGUCAGCCAACUUCGGGCUCAGUCUCGGCAUCCCUGCAACGUGUGGCCUCGCAGUCGAGCCUUGUCCAGGCAGCAGCGCCCCAUCACUAUCAUUAUAUACAAUAUCCGGCGCAUUAUCUGCAGCAACAGGCAAUUGGCCUGGCAUCGGUGGCGGAUGCUGUGCAGCAAUGUCAGUGCCCCUGCUCCUGCGGACGCGCAAGUGGAACCCAGCAGCAGCAGAAUGCAUCCAUGGCUGUGGCCGUGCUGGUGCAUCAGCAGACCUCGACGACAGCUCAGCAGACGGCGCUGAAGACACAAUCGGCGCAGUCGCUGCUAAAUCAUUCGUACCAAGCUCUGCCCAACGAGGAGCAGCAGCAACGAGCACAGCAAAAUUUACCAUUCGACCCGGCCAGAUGCGACUGCGAUCUGGAGUGCAGAUGCGCCGCCAACAGCAGCUCCUUAUCCCAACAGCAGCAGCAGCACAAACGCAGCCUGAUCGCGGAUGCCAUGCUGGGUGCGGACGAGAUUACGGUCAGCGAGUCCGACAAUAACAGCACCAUGAUCAAAAAGAAGAAGCCCCGAGCCUGUGUGGCCAACGCAACGGACCAGCUGCCCUCCAAAACGGACAGUUGCAAUGAUAUCUACCACGACACGGAACUCGAGGCGGCUGCGGCUGUUACGUCUGCCUCGGGCAGAGCUGGCGGCGCUAAGUCGCAGGGCUUGGAUGACAAUCGUCCACCUUUACCGCCACGCCCUCCGCCCAGGCCACGCAGCAACGGGAACAGCUCUAUAGCUCAUCGCCAUGGUGCUGGGAUCAAGAAGUAUGUGGUGUGGUGCCUCAUCUGCGGCGGAUUUAGCUGCCUGCUGGGCGUGCUCUUCUUGGGCGUAUACUUUCUGCUCCAUUCCUAUACUAUAACCGUGGGCAACUUUGAAACGGUGCCCACCUUUGUGCCCGCCACGCUGCUAAUCCUCACGGGCGUUUGCAUUAUGAGCCUGGCGCGUCGUCGCAAUCGAUAUAGCUAUCUCAUCAAGCUGUCAGGAGCCUGUGGCCUUGUCUCCGCCUUAACCUGCGCCCUGGUGACCGUGACCACCACCGUCCUCCACAUGAGCCGGCUGCAGGCGUUGCGUGAAUGCGAAUAUGCGCAGAAGACGCGUACCUGCACCUGCUACUCGGAUCUCAUUGAAUCACACGUGGAUCGCGUUGACAAAGGUAAAGAAGGCGUGCGUCUGGUCUUCGACUCGCUCUCGGACUGCGGCGUCGUCCACGGCUCCCUUUACUCCUGCCUGCGCGCGAUUUUCGGCCUGUCCGUGGCCGGCGUGCUCAUCGCCGUGUUCAGCUGCAUGCUGGUCUAUCAGCUGCUCAGCCACGAGCGCAAGAAGAUGUACUGGGAGCAGCUGGAGCUGCGCUGCCGAUCCCUAUAUGCCAGCCAGGCGCCACCGCCACAUGGACUCGCGCCGGGUCGCAUGCUCAAUUGUCGUUGUUGUGAGCAGUGCCACGCCCAUCGCCAGCUUACGUUGCCGCUGCAGGCAACAGCCUAUCCGUGGGAUGAGGCGAGUGCCGCAGCAGCAGCGGCAGCCGUCGCCGCCAGCGGAGGAGCUGGCGCCGAGCAACGUUUCUGGGCGGCACAACCGCCGGGCAAUUUCUACUCACCCAAUCCGGGCGGCGAGGAGACGGUCAGCGGCUGUCGCAAUGGACGUGAUCGCGCCAAUCGCAGCAGCAGCAGCGGCUGGAGUUGGCCGAGAAUGCCAUGGCAACGCACCACGCCGGACGCAACACGACGAUUUCGACAAGCUGCCGCCAGCCCGGACUCCCAGUACGGCUUCAGCUCGGCGACGGCCGUCGCCGUUGCCGAUGGCAAUCAGAUGCUUAUCGAGGAGCCUGUCGUGGUUGGCGGCAACUAUAACGCGCUGUCGCCUCCCAAUGCACUGCCUUACGGCGUUUGGGGUCCACCGCCGCCGUACAGCGAUCCCAACAGUCCAGCACGACGUGGCUACUAUCAAUAUUUGCAGGCGGGCACCUGCCUGCCGGGCAAUCCCACCGUGACGGCACUGAUGCCACAGCAGCAGCAGGAGCAGCCCCAGCAGCUGGUGCCACAGUCACGUGCCUGUGGCCAGCAUCAGGGUCAGUCCGCGACGCUGGAACGCAUGGAUGGUCUGAGCGGAGCCACUGCAUCGGUGGGCAAUGUACGCAGCGCCGCCUACAAAGCGAAGACGACCGUGGGCAAUGGUGAAUAUGAGAAUACGCACUCGGACAGCGACGGAUGCAAUGGCUGGGAACGUGAUCGGUGCUCCAACACGCUGCCCACACGCAAGCUGAAGAAGCGCAUCGAGGCGGGCGCCAAGAGCAUCGGUCCACAGAACAACGCCAGCCAGCAGAGACCCAAUGUACAGCAGGUGUUCGCCUGUGAGGUGGCCGCCAAGCAACAAGCCGAGCAGCAAGCGCAGCCACAAGCGGGCAUCGGGGUGGAGAACAGUGGCUACCAGGAUUCGAACGGGGCCAUUGCAAAGGGUCAAGCGGCGCCGCCGUCGGCGCCAACAGCUGCUGCGGGUGAGAUGCUGGAGGGUGCUGAGUCGGAGGUGUACUUUGCGGAUGUGAGCAGCUGCUGCAACAUGUCCCUAAAGAACGACAACUACUACGACAAUGCCCAGCGGCAUCAAGUGCAUCAUCAGCAUCAGCACAGCAACUGCAGCCACAGCAGCAGUAACCAGAGCACUAACAACAACAACAAUGAGGAUUAUCUUGCGCAACGUUUUGCUAGACGGGAGCAUUCGGUGCGCAGUCGCCUACCCAUUCCGCAAACACGCCUGGAGGAUGAUUACGAAAGCUCCAACCUGAACAUGCCGACAUUGAAGAGCGCCGCUUUGGAUCAGCAGCAGCAACAGCUGCAGAAGGACAUCUCGCGGCAGAGCAUGUGCUCGGUGGACUCGGAGGCGAAGACUGAGUUCACAGACUUGUCGCCAUCGACGCCAGGUGAGGGGCAGCUGCCGCUGCCACCGCCGCCCGCCAACUUUGCCAGCGAUCCGCCAGUUUCACAGACAUCGGCUGCCAACUUUGUGGCCUCGUUUCCAUACUCGUCGGAGUCACAGUGCCUGGAGGCGCAUCGCCGCUCCACCAAGAACAUACACGAGCUGUUGCUGACGACAGGAAAUGGAACUGGCUCCACGGCCGUCGAUGCCCAGGCCCAUUACGAGAUCAUCAACGAUCGCUACCAGCUGCAGCGCUCUGUUGCAGCCAAGUCCAAGUCGAAGAGCCGCUCCCGAGAACAUUUGGAUAUCUAUGAAGGCGGCGGUUGUCCGGCGGAGCGUUCCUCCGACUGGUCCGAUGGCAGCGGCUGCGGUGCUGUGCGCACCGGCAGCAAACGUUUGUGAGACGAAAUCGAACUAUUCGUCUAGGUUUCAUCAACAAAACAAAAACAACCAAACACACACACGCUAUCUUGCAAUCAGUUCUGGUAUAGUCUUCCUUAUGAUUUGUGAACAGAUCUUUGCAUCUGGAAUGUUUGCCAUCCAAAAAGUACUAAUAGUGUUGCCAAGCUAGCUCUAUUGCAGAAAUAGUUGGCAACACUAACAACAACGGUACUACUUAAACACUCUCUCUUUCUCUCUUAUUAACCGCAUUUGCCCGCAUUUCACGCUAAGGUCCUUGCGGCCAUAAACUUUGCUUUAACUAUUUUAUGUCAUCUAUUUUACGUAGCAUAAAUAAGUUCUUAUAUAUAAAUAAUAUUGUAGUAUUGUAUUGAAUGUUGAAAUUGUAGUGGUAAUCUAUGAAAAUAUUAAACCAAUUAUGUUACACUUACUUGCCUAUUAAUAUAGUUGCAAACAUACACACCACACACACGAACAAAUAUAAACGCAUAUUCAUAGACACUUAUAUAGUUAGUUAAACGUUAGAUUGCGAGUUAAAUUCAUUAAAACCGAAAACACAAUUAA